AACGAAGAAGGACAAAACAAGGAAGAAAAAGCUCCCAAGUAAGAAGUAAAAAUCUACCGUAUAAAACCACUAAUAUCAUCAAUAGACACUAAGUAUCAAAGUAGGCUCCUGUUGGCUUAUUUAGGAACUCUUCAAGGUCUCUUAUAUUUCGCUGACAUCUUAGAUAUAAAUCAAGCUCCACCUGUGUCAAAAACAUGACCUAUCCUCUGUUCCUACAGUUAUAAUUACAGUAAAAACCAAUGAACACCGAUAUUAAUAGCUCUUUCUUUUUGCAAACAAAAACUGAGAAAAGGUAACUGAGCCGCCUACCUCUUAUAAAGUAUCAAUUUAAAACUCUUAAGACAAGAUUGGUGACUCAAUAGAAAUGAAGAGAGGAUAAAGUUGUUACUAAGUUUAGAAAUGGCACACUCCAUUUAAAGUUUCAGAAAGAAUAUAACCUCAAGUAUGUAAUGACCCACGCCCAAAAAUGUUACGAUAUUGAGAAAGCUCAUCGCUGUUAAUACGUCUAGAGAGAAGCCUCUAAGUCGUAAUCCCACAAAUUUCUCAUUACGAGAGCAGUUCUCCCGUAUACAAGUUUGGCGAUUUCUGGAGGUCUCCUCGCCAUCUUUUACCGUUUAUGAUGCUGUUCUAAACAUUUCUCAGCCCAAUUUACGCAACUGUGUGUCAAAAGUUUCGCAAAUAUACUUAACUCUAUCCCGAUUUAAUUUCUUCUUUAGUGGUAAAUAAGUAGCCAAGCAAGGAAAAUAAAUGGAUGAAUUAAUGAAAAGCUAUUGAGACAACGACCUGAUAAAGAAAAUUAGAACUGAAAAUGCAAACUUACUGUACCUUACUGAUAUGCUGUUGAUAGUGAGAAUGAUGUGGGUGAAACUGCUCAGGACCUCCAAGCUGUUUCUGAUCCUGGACACCUUGAAACAUCUUCCCAUGAGGUAAACGUUAUGGUUGUCUUUCUUGAAAUAUGCAUGACACCUGACAUGGCAUUCUGGUUAAUCUUGAUAUCUGACGAAAAGCAAUGUUAAAUGCAAGUGACCCUUUCCACAUCAUACUUUCAACGAGACUUUGUAUUAAGAGUGAACACCCAGCUGCGAGAAAAUAUUAUACACACAACGAGCUUAAACUAAACAAUGAUGUUCAUGUGACAUGCCAACACCUAGUCUGUAAUUUAUACGUUUUUAUAGGCGUAUUUGAAUUUUGGUUACAAACACUGCUUUUAGAGUAAGAGGGGCAUUUGUAUCACUUGCUCUUCCAAGAGAAUGAGUUUAUUCAAAUAAUUAUAAGGACCAAGUUGAGAAAGUGCAGGUUACAAGUCAGGCCAUCUGUUGAACCUAUUAUAUAGCUUUCCCACCAACAUGAGUUUCCUUGACCUACAAGUAGCUAUGCGCACCCUUAGCGCUCCUGAGUCAAACAUUACGAGCUGCAAAACUGGUACAACACAUUCUCUAUAUUGUGGUUUUUUUCCUCAGAAGCAGUACACUGACGGAGGGCGUUUGGUGCAACAAUGUACUGACACCGGGGGUGAGCACAACCCUGUUUGGUAAGCAAGUCCGAAAUGCAAACAAAGGAAGAUUGUUCCCAAACCAUAGUCGAGUCUUUAUCCGAGUCAUAUUGUAAGGAACUUUAAGGCUCAUUAUGAAAAUAAUACGACUAUUGCCUGUUAUUUUGCCAACCACGAACCUAUAAUGAAUCAAAGCACCGGUCAAAUGUAAUACUAAAAACAAUUUAGUUUUUUCAAUCAUAAUCAUUCUGUAUCACCUCUCCUUUUGCUUCACGAAAUCCUCAAAGGGGAUAUUUUGGUAACUCCGCUGACCAUCAUGUCUACCGACUGCUUUACACGUUGUGAGAAGUUAACCGUUUUGACAUACGGGUCGGGGAAGUUGGACCAUACAAAAGGAGUUAACUGACAUAUUUUACGUGUCCUCCAGUUGGAAAAAUUCAGAAUCUUUUCAUUCGAACUGUUAACUAACCUUAGAGCUACUCACUCCUUUAUUUCAAUUUACCUUCUAAAUAAUUUGAAUUUGUAGGUCAUAAAAGUGCGAUUUAAUGCAAGAAAUGUAGAAAGCUCUAUCCACUUCAGUGGAUUUAACUGAUUUCAAACUACUAACCGCUUUUGAAUUUGGUUACUUCUAGUGGUACAGCAUGUCUACAAGUCCCUACUGGGCCAGGGGUAAGAGUAACAAAGCUAACCCAUCAACCCUUUUUUAUCAAAUCUCGGCUACAACAUAAUUUAUUAACAAUAAGCUGAUUUUGCUGACUUGAUUUGGCCAAGCAAACACACGAUUGUGUGAAUUAUCAUUUUUACAAAUUUUGUUAAAAAGUUAGACAGUACUGCUUUAAAAAAAUUUGCGUACAUCUUUAUCCAGUAUAUAUACUAAUAAAAAAAUUUGGCGAGGAACUAGACUGAAGUUGAACAAAAUGUAAGUGAGAUGAAUUGGUAACAUAAACAACUCAAGCUAAUUUAGUUUUCUUUUAUAUCUCCCACAGGAAAAUCAGCACACUGAUGUUACUGUGUUUAUAAUCUUAAUUAUUAAUUUGUUUUAUGUUUCUUAA